UCACGUGCUAGCGUACUUUAGUCUUGGCUUCUAAGGUCGUGCGUCGAAGCGUAGGCGCAUCAAAUCCGCUAUGUCAUUAUCACAAUUUGAUAGCCAUCAUGGAAGAACAGAUAACGCCAGGCGACACACAUCCUGUCGAUCUCUCGACAUUUAGCAUUACCGGCUCCUUGAAGACGCCGCACAAUGCACGACUCUACCAGGAGGUGCAGAAGCUUAAAUCACUCAUCAACGAACUCGUGGACUACCAAGCUGCGCAUCCACUCAACGAGCAAGCCUCCGUCGAGAGUGAGAAGCAAACGAAGAUUGAGAUCGAGAAGAAGGAGAAGUACAUCAGGGCACAACUAUCCGUCAUCAAGACUCUGUACCGACAAAGCGUACUGCGAGUGCGUGAAGAGAAAGCGAACACUGCCGACGUCAAGGCGGUCAACGAUGCGUUAAUCCUGGGGUUGCACAACCUGAAGUAUGAGGAGCAGUCAUUGCGGUCUGAGAUAUCUGCUGCAGAGAACUAUGACCACAAAUACAUGAAGCUACCACUCAUAUCCGUCGAAACGUACCUCGAAGAAUUUCCCGAGCAGAACGAUCUGUCAGAGCACGACCUCAUGACAGCACGCAUCGAGCAUGAACAUCAAGUCCGCCUAAAGCUGGAAGAAAGACGGCAAGAGAAGCUCAAGCAGAAGCAGAAACUCAUCGCAGAGGUGAAGAAGGGCAAAGACGACCUCACAAAACUGGAUACCAUGGUGGAGAAGUUCAUCGAGGCUGCGGAACCUAUCAAGAAGGUCCUUGCGACUGAGUAGCCAACCAUUCUACGACGUUAUGCAGAUUUUACUUUUCGGCGUUUGAUACCCUACACAGCGAACAAAAGCUCAAUUGACUGCUUUACCUCAUCCCAGGAUGUUCAUGUUCGGUUGUCCGAGUGCGUUUGCAAACACCAUCACACGUGAGGGAAAGGCUACUGCCGCUCGCAGGUUAUGGUAGAAAUACACUUGAUAGU